AUGGAUGCUGAAGCAAGUGGUACCCAGAAUCAAGAAGAAAAGCUCCCACUCCUGAGCAAUGCAGAGAUUCCGGAGGCAGAGAGGAACCAGAUUCAGAAAGCCAUUAGCCAGACAUUUGAGAGCACAGCAAACUUGGCAAACCUUCUACCUACUGGCACUGUCCUUGCUUUCCGUCUUCUGUCUCCAAUCUUCACAAACGAGGGCAGCUGCGACUUGGUCAGCAAGACCAUGACUGCUGUACUUGUAGCUAUCUGUGGUGCCUUAUGCAUCUUGCUAUGCUUCACAGAUAGCAUAAAAGACAGCAAGGGGAACAUCUGUUAUGGGUUUGCCACAUUUUCAGGCCUGUGGCUUAUCGAUGGAUCAACCACACUUCCACCAGAAUUUGCUGCUAAAUAUAAAUUGCGGUUUAUAGAUUUCAUGCAUGCAGCUGUAUCAGCUUUGGUGUUUGCAGCAAUUGCAUUAUUUGAUCAGAAUGUAGUAAGUUGCUUCUUUCCAGAGCCAUCUCUAGAGACAGAGGAAAUCCUCACAGUAUUGCCUGUGGGCAUUGGCAUUUUCUGCAGCAUUUUCUUUGUUGUAUUUCCUACAAAGAGACAUGGAAUUGGCUUCCCACUUUCAACAAGUUAAUACUGAUCUUUUACAUUCAUGUUUGUAAUGAACUUCAAUUUCAAUAAUUUUAAUUGAUUAGUGAUUUAUCAUGUUGGGAACAUGCUAUAUGUGGCAGUCAUGUAUACUUAUUCUCAAAUGUGGAUAAAUUAUAUAACUACU